GACCAGUUCGGAGCAGAGGAAGCUUCAUUCUCGUGAUGCGGCUCGCUGUAGGAGGAGUAAAGAGACGGAGGUGUUUUAUGAGCUUGCUAACACUCUGCCCCUCCCCCGACGAGUCUCCACCCACCUGGACAAAGCCGCCAUCGUGAGAGUCGCUCUCAGCUUCCUGUCGCUGCGCCGCCUCCUCCAACCCGCGGAGGAGAAGCAGAAAGAGUCUGAAGAGGAGGAGGAAAAGAAAGAUGAGGAGGAAGAGGAAGAUUCUAUGGACACUUUUUACCCUCAAGUGUUGGCCGGCUUCGUCCUGGUGAUGUCUGAGGAGGGAGACGUGAUCUACCUGACGGAAAACGUCAACAAACACAUCGGCAUCACACAGCUGGAGCUGCUGGGACAGAGCGUUUAUGACUUUGUUCAUCCGUGUGAUCAGGACGAGCUCAGAGACCUGCUGGCUCCACGUCCAGGUGUGAGUAAGAAACUGUCGGCUUCACAGUCGACUGAGAGGAACUUCUUCCUGAGAAUGAAGAGCACUCUGACCAGCAGGGGGCGCACCGUCAACAUCAAGUCUGCCGACUACAAGGUUCUUCACUGUACGGGUCACAUGCGCCCGUUUUGCCCGGGCUCCACGUCACCCCCUGCAGGCAGAGCGAUGAUCCUGCUCUGCGAGCCCGUCCCGCACCCGUCCAGCGUGGAGUUCCUCCUGGACACACACACUUUCCUCACCCGCCACAGCAUGGACCUGCGCUUCACACACUGCGAGGGCAGGGUGAUGGAGUUGGUGGGAUAUGAACCUAGCGAUCUGAUUGGCUGCUCAGCCUAUGAGUUUCAUCAUGCCCUUGACUCUCAUCACAUCAACAAGAGCCUGCACACAUUGCUGUCCAAAGGUCAGGUGAGCACCGGCUGCUAUCGUUUCCUGACCAACAGCGGCGGCUUCGUCUGGGCUCAGACUCAGGCCACCGUCCUCUACAACAGCAAGACGUCUAAGCCCGAGGCCAUCGUCUGCCUCAACUUCAUCCUCAGUACCGUCGAGCAGCCAGACGUUGUUUUCUCCGUCGAGCAGAUCCGAUACCGCCCGCCGUCUGAAGCUGAAUCUCAUUCCACAGAAAUUAAAACAAAGGUCAACGGGACUGCUGACAUCUGUGACUCUGACGGUGAGCGUCUCUCUAGCUCCAAGGACGCAUGUUUGAGCCCCGGCAGCUCAGAUCAGGAGGAGCCCGAGGCACUUCUUCAGUUAGAGUCUGUGGCCAAAGACGUGAUCGUACCGCCGACAGGAGAUUUUGUUGAGCUCGCGUUCUGCACUCCGUCCAGUCCGGACUCUGUGCUGGAGCACCCUGAGGAUCUGUGCACCCCUCAGCUGAGACAGCUCCUGUCGUCCAUCUUCAACCCCCUCACUCCCCCUCCAUCAUCAUCAUCCUCAUCGUCCUCAGCAGCACCCUCACCUCAACCUGAGCCGAGCUCCCUGGAGGACGAGGUGAUGGACACCAGCCAGGUGGAGAAGUUCUUCGCUGUUUGUUCAGAAGACGGUCAGAAAAGAGAAGAAAUUCAGGAGGAGAUGGACCUGGACAUGUUGGCUCCUUACAUCUCAAUGGACGACGACUUCCAGCUGACCUUCCUCAGCAGCAGUUUGUCCGACGAAGCUGAGAAUCCUCCGACGUCGUCAUCAUCAUCGUCUGAGCCACGAGCUGUGACAACGCCUGAGGUGUCAACAGGGAGGAAACGAUUUCACGACCCGGACGAGGAGAUGCCGUCUGAGCUGAUGAUUCAGGGCAAAAGACAGAAAGAAGAAGUUCCCUCUUCUAUAGAAGAGGAACUCCUGCUCAGCCACAGGCUGCUGGACUCUCUGGAGGAAACGGACCAAUCAGAUCUGGCCCUGCUGAUGGGGUCAGGAGGGCGGAGUCACCUGCUCACAGACAGAGACCCUCUGUUAGGAGGCGUUCAGGGACUCUGUGAUACUGCAGCUCUGAUGUGGGACAUCUUCUCAACUCGCCCCCCCGACCUCUCGCCGCCUCUCUCACCCAUGACUUGACGGAGAGAAAGAAAGACGCAGCUGGACUUCUGAGAAGCCACGAAAGUUUGAACAGAUUGAUCUGGCUGCAGUCACAGUUACCAAAAUGCGCACACACAAGUCGUUUUCACACAUGCACAACUGACAUUUUCAGUACGGCCUUCCCCUCAGUUGUUAUUCCUGAUGUACUGGAGGGUGGGGGAGGGGCCUCAGGAGGCAGGAAGUGAUUAAAAAAAGGACACUGGGAUGAAAAAAACACAAACCUGUGAGCAGAAAAAGUAUGACGCAGCUUCAUUACGUUAUUGAUCACACUGGUUGUUUGAUGUAAACAUCUUAACCCCCCCUCCUGCUCACGGUGAAUUUCCUGAAUAUUACCCGCUGCGUUCACACAUCAGCUCGCCACAACGUGCACACGUGGAAAUUUAACUAUAGGGGGAGGGGCAGGAAAAAGUUGAAGUAAAGUCAGGGCUAAAAAAUGUGGCCAGAGGCGAUGACACUUCAGGAAACUUUCAGGAGUCUUCAGGAUUCUUUUUGAAAAUACAGCAACACAACGCGUCACAAUCACACACACACACACACACACACACACACACGCGCUCAUCGUGGUCCGUGUGUGUGUGUGGAAACAGCAAAUGCCGUUAAAAUCUUGAAAUGUAUAAAUGAUGUAAACCAUCAUGGAUUGGAUGUCAGUCGAUCUGUACAUGUGUCACUUUGUGUACAACAGUUUUUUUGAUUUAAUCACAUUUUCACUGCUUCGCUGCGUCUGUCAAUUUGUGCAGGAAUUCCCAGAAUGCUUUGCUUUGUCUUUCAUUCAAAUCGAUGUUCCUGCCGUCUUGUUGUCUUUCAAAUAACACCAUCAAGCAAACCUGCAAAAAAAUCAGUGGCAACGUUUCUUUCAGUGGCAUCUUGUAAUCUUUUUUUUUUUUUUUACAUGUCUGUCUAAUUAUUGAUUUUUAGCAGAAGAAGAACUUAGAGCUGUUCAGGGUGUAGAUUAUCAGAUCAAUCUAACCGAUUCUUAAAUCAGAGCGGUGUGAAUCAGUCGAUAUGAUAAUGGAGCUAAAUUUGUGCUUUCGACUCGACUUUGAUAUAUAACCUGAUGAACUUGUAUCACAUACAGUUAGCGUGCCUGUUUCACUGCAUUUCAAAUGUUAAGUCAACAGUUUUAUUGAUGUAUUUGUGAUUCUUUAGAGGGCUUUUGAACAGAUUGUGCCUCAACAUGUACCAGCUAAGAGCAGACGGUGUUCGGUGAAUUAUUGUGAUCCUGCUUCACGGCUUGACAUUGUUUUUGCGUCACUCAUUUUCUGUGUGUAAACCCUCAAACUAUCUGUCCUCGACUAACGAGAAACAAAGUUCUCUGUGCCUUUUAUGAUCCAGGAAGAGACAUGUGAUGACAGUUUUCUGCGUCCUGUCCACUCGCAGGGUGUGAUCUGUAAACUGUCCGAGAUUUGAAAACGAUAGAAAGAGGUGAAAGGUGCUUGUUUUUACUUGUUUUAACAUUUAAUCUGUUUUCACUCUUUAACUGAAUAAAUCUGUUGAAACAGAA